AUGUAACUUAGUUAAUUAACUGAAUUUUCUAAAAGUUUUAAUCCUUUAAUUGCUGCCUUUGAACCUAUUUUAAUUAAUAAAAAUAUAGAAAAUAAUAUUGUUACUGAUAUGGCUGCAGGAGAAGAAUUUACUGUUAUUGUAACUUAAAAUUAGCAAAAUGACUAAACAGAAGUUUUCUCAUGUGGUCAUAAUAACAAAGGAGAAUUAGGUGUGGGAAAUUUGAGUCAUUUAUAAGAUAUUACUAAGAUAUCAAGCCUAUCUAAUUAUCAGUUUAAAAGUCCUAAAGGACAACUUGAUCAUAUAAAAAUUAAUAAAAUAUGUUGCGGUUAUCAUCAUUGUAUUGCUGCUUUAAAUAUUGGUGUUAUUGCAGAAUGGGGAGACAAUGAUUAUGGGUAGUUAGGAAAUAAUAAAAGAAGUUUUAGUGAAAAUCCUAUCAUAAUGAAUUAUUUUUCAAAAGAAAAAAUUUUAAAAGUUUAGUGUGGCAAAAAUGUAUCAUCUGUGAUAUGUUAAGAUUGA